UGGCCAGGAGGUGGGAAAGGGAAAAGGAGCUGGGCUGCAGACAGAGCCCUCAUUGCAAAGCCGGCCCGUCCCUGAGCCUGCGGCGCGGGGCCCGGCGAGUCCCAAGCGCUUCUCCGCGCUGGCCAAACUUUGCCGGGGCGCCCGCGGGCCCGUCCUCGUGCUCGGCGCCGGCCGGAGCGGGGCGCCCCCAGGUGCGGCGCCCCCCGAUCGCCCCCCUUCGGGCCGCGCCUUGCUCCGAUCCCGCCGCGACCCCUAGCGCCGCAGGGGGCGGGCCCCGCUGCCCGGGGCAGGUGGCGGCCGGAGCCGCUGUGGCGAGGGGCAGGGAGAGAAGAGGCGGGCGGGAGGCGGCCCCGCCAGGUCCGGGGAGCGCGCGUGGGUGAGGUCCCGACCCCAGAGCCCGGCGGGACCAUGCUGGGCUGCGGCUCCGCCGCGCUCCUCCUGGCCCUGGCCGGGCUCCUCCUGAGCAGGGGGCCCGGGGCCCGGGGCGCCGCCUGCGAGCCGGUCCGCAUCCCGCUGUGCAAGUCCCUGCCCUGGAACAUGACCAAGAUGCCCAACCACCUGCACCACAGCACCCAGGCCAACGCCAUCCUGGCCAUCGAGCAGUUCGAGGGGCUGCUGGGCACCCACUGCAGCCCCGACCUGCUCUUCUUCCUCUGCGCCAUGUACGCGCCCAUCUGCACCAUCGACUUCCAGCACGAGCCCAUCAAGCCCUGCAAGUCGGUGUGCGAGCGGGCCCGGGCCGGCUGCGAGCCCGUCCUCAUCAAGUACCGCCACACCUGGCCCGAGAGCCUGGCCUGCGAGGAGCUGCCCGUCUACGACCGCGGCGUCUGCAUCUCCCCGGAGGCCAUCGUGACCGCCGAGGGAGCCGAUUUCCCUAUGGAUUCUAAUAAUGGCAACUGUAGAGGCUCCGGCAAUGAGCGUUGCAAAUGCAAACCUAUUAAAGCUACCCAGAAGACCUAUCUUCGGAACAAUUAUAACUAUGUCAUUCGGGCUAAAGUGAAGGAGGUGAAGACUAAAUGUCAUGAUGUCACCGCAGUAGUUGAAGUAAAGGAGAUACUAAAAUCUUCCUUGGUGAAUAUUCCUAAGGACACUGUUAACCUUUACACAAACUCUGGCUGUCUAUGCCCACCGCUCAGUGCCAAUGAAGAAUACAUAAUAAUGGGCUACGAAGAUGAGGAACGCUCCAGGUUACUCUUGGUAGAAGGCUCCAUAGCUGAGAAAUGGAAGGAUCGUCUUGGUAAAAAAGUAAAGCGUUGGGAUCAGAAACUCCGUCACCCUGGAAAGGGCAAAAAUGAGCCUGGACAAAGUGAUUCUGCUCAAAAGUCUGGCAAGAACAGUAAUCCACGACAAACACGCAACUAAAUGUGAAAAGCUAUGUAUAAAUCAAUGGACUAUAUAUUAAGACUUGCAUUGUUGAAGCAGCAAGGGAGAAAUUGCACUAUUGCACGUUAUAUUAUAUUGUUUACUAAAAAAAACAUGUUGUAGCUAAUUAGUUAUUUUCCCUCAUUUUAUGCCUUUUUAGGGGGGGGUGUAAACCCUGACAAAAUAUAUUUUAUCUCAGUAAUAACUGCAGAAAACUGCCCUUAUGAGAUAAAAAUAGGAGGACACAUUUACUGAAGUUAAGAGAUAUUGGUGGUUUUUAUCAGUGGGGCCAUGUUGCUUAGAGAAAGACUUCAACAUAGGAAUGGGAUCUGGCCAGACCAGGACCUUU